GCUGUAAUGACAGCCCGAGCGCUUCUGGAAAGCUCAGAGAUAACUAAUGGAGCAUCACUGGAAGGAAGCAGCACCAGGCUAGAAGCCUGCGAGAAGAAGCCAGGGCAAACCCAAACAGCUCGGCACAAUGAAGUGUUCAGCACUCUGGACAGCUCUCUGCGUUUGUAUCUAUGGGGCGCUGGUGAAUUGCUCAGUGAAGAAGCUGAGCAGUAACACUGGGCGCUUCGCCAAUGCCACUCUGGUUCGAUUAAAUGAGUUUUUAAGUGCCGGAUAUAAGAAAGGAGUUCGACCAGUGCGCGACUGGAGACAGUCAACGACGGUGGCCAUUGACCUCAUGGUUUAUGCGAUCCUCAAUGUGGAUGAGAAGAACCAGGUCUUGACAACAUAUGUUUGGUACAGACAGGAAUGGAUAGAUGAGUUCCUUGUGUGGGAUCCUGAAGAAUUUGAUGAAGUCAAACAGAUUUCCAUUCCCACUGCCAACAUCUGGGUUCCAGAUAUUCUCAUCAAUGAAUUCGUGGAUGUAGGAAAGUCUCCUGAUAUUCCUUACGUCUAUGUAGGCCAUACCGGGCUUGUUCGCAACUAUAAGCCUAUCCAGGUGGUGACCGCCUGCUCCCUCAAUAUCUACAACUUUCCUUAUGAUGUCCAAAAAUGUAGCCUGACUUUCCAGAGCUGGCUGCACACAACUAAAGACAUCAACAUCACACUAAUGAGAACCCCUGAGGAAGUAAUGAACGACAAGCGUGUGUUCAUGAACCAGGGAGAAUGGGAGCUGCUUCAUGUCCUCUCCACAUACAACAAGUUCAGCAUAGAUAAUGAUGAUUUCUAUGCCGAAAUGAAGUUUACUGUUGUGAUCCGACGCAGACCUCUGUUUUACACAGUCAACCUCCUGUUGCCCAGUGUAUUCCUGAUGGUGAUGGACAUCGUUGGAUUCUACCUGCCUCCAGACAGCGGAGAGAGAGUCUCCUUCAAGAUCACUCUGCUCUUGGGCUAUUCUGUCUUUCUCAUCAUCGUCUCAGACACUCUGCCAGCAACUGCCAUAGGGACCCCUCUCAUUGGUGUGUACUUUGUGGUAUGCAUGGCGCUGCUGGUCAUCAGUCUGACCGAGUCUGUUUUGAUCGUGAGGCUGGUGCACAAGCAGGAUCUUCAGUCUCGUGUCCCGCAGUGGGUCAAACACCUGGUGCUGGAGAAGGCCACAGUCCUGCUCUGCAUUCGCAACAGGAAGGUCUGCUCGCUCCUCUCGCAGGGCUCUGACCUGCCGCUCUACAAAGAGAACAACAUGAACACAGCGCUUCACUGCAACCACCACAGCUGCGAGGGAUCCAGAGACUCCGGGAGAAACCUGGGCUUGAGCCUGUCCGCGCGGGACACCGGACCUCCCGUCAUGGACGGCAUCCUGCGCGAGAUCACCACCAUCCGUCAGUUCAUGGAGAAGAAGGAUGAGAGCAGGGAGAUCGCUAAGGAGUGGCUGCAGGUGGGGUACGUACUGGACGUCCUGCUGUUCCGCAUCUACCUGCUCACCGUGUUGGCCUACAGCAUCACUUUAGGCACACUGUGGUCCGUCUGGCAGACCGUCUGACCGCAGACAUGGGUCACAGAGGGAAGGCGCCAAUUCUGUCUCACUGCUAAAAGUAAAUGCAGUGUUUGACGUAGUUUGAAUGCUGGUAAUGCGAUUGUUAUCCCACAAGAGAAUAACUUGAGCACCAUAGAGGAGAAAUGUGCUUUCAAAUCAAGAGUUAUUACUUGUAGACUGCUGUUCUUACCAGAUGAAUGCUCUGAAGUCUCUGAAAAAAGCAUACAGAAUACAUGUAUGAUUGUUAUAUCUGUGUGAGACUCCUUUCGUACAGCAGUAAAACAUAAAAAGAAGUAAUAAAAAUGAACGACUCACAUUUUAGAUACAUUAUGGGAAGCUAUUUUGGGUUUUUUCCUCCACCAAUGGAAAUAGUUCCAAAAGAAGCCAAAGAAAGAAGCAGCAAAGUCAGACAAACAAAGCUUUAAAGCCUAUAUGACAUGCAUAUAUAACUCACUGUUGAACAGUAUAUCAAAACUUUUAGCAGUGUAUUGUCUUUUUUUAAAAAGUAUUUCAAUACUACGAAAAAAUAUCUUA